UAAAAAAGAAUACCAGAAAUCUGUGGAUAACACUCCAACGCUCGUCACCACAAGUCCACAACCAUAAAAAUACAUGCGAAAUUCGUGCUAAUUUUCUACUCUCCACCGCCACCUCUUUCGCCGCCGCCGUCAAAUCUAUGGUAAUAUCUUCAUUCUCUCCAUUAACUUUCACACACCUCUGCCCUCACCUUUUCCUCUUCCACAACAAAUCUUCUCCACGAGCUCCUCCUCCUCGGCGCGGAGCUCCGCGAACCUCUCUCUUCGCUCGCUCCGGCGACUUAUCUGGAACUGGAAGGAAUGCAGUAAUCUCGAGCUCUAUCAGCCAGGAUCCGCCGAGGAGUUUGUUCCCCGGCGGAUACAAGCGUCCGGAGAUCAGAGUGCCGAAUCUCGUUCUCCGGCUGAGCUCCGACGACUUAGAUAGGGAUGAAAAGGCGGUUAUCGAUCUCGUAGACGACGCCGUUUCGGAUAGGGUUGGGAUUGUGGUGCUCGCUGGAGGCGCAGGCAGCGGGAAGAAGCUGUAUGAGGCGGCGUGUCUGCUGAAAUCUGUGAUCGGAGACCGUGCUUAUUUGUUGAUCGAUGAUCGCGUCGAUAUUGCCGCCGCAGUUGGUGCUAAUGGCGUCGUGCUUUCUGAUCAAGGUCUGCCUACUAUUGUGGCAAGAAAUACAAUGAUGGAUGCGAGAACUGAUUCAGUGAUGCUUCCUUUGGUAGCUAGAAACGUCCAAACUUAUGAUGCUGCAUUAGAUGCCUCCGUUUCUGAGGGUGCCGAUUUUCUUAUAUUUACUCUGAAAGGAGGUACUUCUCCUGAGGAGCUCGUAAGCUCCAUAUCAGGGAGCAUAAAAAUUCCAAUUUUUAUCAUGUUUGAUUCUCCUAAAGAUGAAAUGUCGCUGCAUUCCCUAAACUCAGGAGCUAGUGGUGUAGUUGUUUCAGUGGAUGAAUUGAAAUUGUUGGGAGAAGAUGGAUUGAGUAAGUUAUUUCACAGUGAGUAUGCAUCAAAUGCAAAAGUAGAUGACAUAGGACAAAGCUUUGAAAAUAUCAAAACUAUAGACACACAGAAUGGUUUUUAUGGGAAAAAGAUGAUUGGUGGUUUUACGAGAUUGGAAGAGAGAGAACAACAGUUACUAGACAAGGAGCGAAUGAUUUUGAUUGAAGCUACUAGUGUUAUCGAAAGAGCUGCACCAAUGAUGGGGGAUAUCUCGCUUCUCAAAGAUGCCGUUUCUCAACUUCACGAGCCAUUUUCUAUUGUUAUAGUGGGAGAAUUCAACUCAGGAAAGUCGAGUGUCAUCAAUGCUCUUCUUGGGCAAAGAUACUUGAAGGAUGGGGUUAUUCCUACAACUAACGAGAUUACUUUUCUACGCUAUGAUGAUUCAGAAUUUAGCGAGCAGCGUUGUGAAAGGCAUCCUGAUGGUCAAUACAUAUGCUAUAUACCUGCACCAAUUCUGAAAGAAAUGAUAAUCGUUGAUACUCCUGGAACAAAUGUGAUUCUUCAAAGGCAACAACGGCUCACUGAGGAAUUCGUCCCUCGUGCAGAUUUACUUAUUUUCGUCAUGUCAGCUGACCGACCAUUGACUGAGAGUGAGGUUGCUUUUCUUCGCUAUAUUCAACAAUGGAAGAAAAAAGUUGUUUUUGUGCUAAAUAAGUCUGACCUGUAUCGUGGUGCAGAUGAGCUUGAAGAAGCUUUAGCGUUCAUCAAGGAAAACAUACAGAAUAUGCUGAAUGCUGAUCAUGUCACGCUAUAUCCUGUAUCCGCUCGGAGUACUCUUGAAGCAAAAGUUUCUGCUCACGGUGUUGAAGAGCACGAACAAUUAUCAAAUACUCCAUAUCCAGGGGCUAACAACUUCUCCAGUUUUGAAAAGUAUCUAUUUAGCUUUUUGGACACUUCAACAGAUAAUGGGAUUACAAGAAUAAAGCUCAAGCUGGAAACGCCCGUUAAGAUUUCUGAGCGGCUACUAUCUGCUUGUCAAAAACUUGUCAGCGAGGAGCGCCUUAAGGCUGAAGAGGACUUGGUGUUUGUGAAUGAUCUUCUUAGUAGUGUAGAAGAGUAUACACUGCAACUGGAAACUCAGAGCAUUUCUUGGAAGAAACAAAUUUUAUCUCUGAUUGAUAAUACACAAGCGCGUGCAAUCAAACUUGCAGAGUCUACCCUGCAAUUAUCAAAUCUUGACCUUGUUGCUUCAUUUGUUCUCAGUGGAGAUAAAUCUUCCAAGAUGUCAGUGACCUUAAGUCUCCGGAGUGAAAUUAUUGACCCUGCUGCCUCGGAAGCUGAAAAACUGCUUGGGGAUUAUGCUAUGUGGUUAGAGUCGAGCAAUGCCCGCAAAGGAAAUCUGUACAAAGAAUCAUUUGAGAAACGUUGGCCUUCAGUUGUUCGGUCUUCCUCCCAGCUGGAGGCCAGUGAGCUGCUAAGGACAAAACAUGAACUAGGUGGAGCAGUUAUUAGAGAUUUUAGUGCAGCUGCUGCUUCUAAACUGUUUGAACAAGAGAUUCGUGAAGCGCUCUUGGGUACUUUCGGCGGAUUGGGGGCAGCUGGCCUGUCUGCAUCACUUUUGACAUCUGUUUUACCCACCACUCAAGAAGAUCUUCUUGCUUUGGGCCUUUGCUCUGCCGGAGGGCUGUUGGCAGUUUCGAAUUUCCCCAGCCGGAGGCGACAGGUCGUGGACAAAGUGAAGAGAACUGCCAAUGCCUUAGCUCGUGAGCUCGAAGAAGCAAUGCAGAAGGACCUCGUGGAGGCUACGAGCAGGUUAUCGAACUUUGUAACUCUUAUCGGUAAACCAUAUAAAGAAGCAGCACAAGAUCGGUUGAAUAAACUGUUGGGAACUCAGCAAGAGUUAGCAGCAACACAGAAAAAACUUGAAACAUUACAAAUUGAAAUCCAGAACUUUCAUGUGCCAAGGUAGCACUAAAAACCUUUGUUAUUGUUGUAGGUUUAUGUAUGAUGGGAAAAUUUUAGGAAAAAAAAGUUAAUUUUUAUUUUUUUGAUAAUA